AGGUUGAGGUUGUAGGCGCAGAAAAAAAACGAAAAAAGGGAUAGAGAGAGAGAGAGAGAGAAAGAAUACGACAGAGUUUUACAUGUGGCCGACGAUCAACACGAGAAAAUAGUGUCGAACUUUGUGUGUAUCGUCGUACUCUGAUAUACUCUACUCCUAAAAUUUUGAAGUGGACGACUCUUAAGAAACGUAAAAAAAAAGCGAGGAAAAAGGAGAGACUGUAUCAAGUAUCGAAUCAUGCUUCCGUGAUAACGACGCAUUCCAAGAGAGUACAUAUCGCAUUGGUUCGUAAGUACAUUUAAGUUUAAUCGAAAGUCUUUGGGACCUCCGAGAGUUAAAUAGGAAUACGAAGAGAAGUAGGAGAAGGACUGGGUAAGGUAUUUAAGGCGAGAAAAGGCGUUAUGCCGGUGCUGGUGCGUUACCACUGAAUUCGCCUUAGAGUCGUGUUGAAGAGAAAGAGAAGGAAAGAAGACGGUGUGGCAGCGCGUGUGCGUUAGUGCGUGCGCGUGUGUUCGUCUUCGUCGUCUUCGUCGUCGUGUCGUCGUCGGGGCAUACAUGUACGGCCAAGGAAGUACAUACAUAUAUGUAUACGCCUAGAGAAGAUCGGUGGAGGAGUGAGGCGUUGGAAGGGGAGAAAAGGAAGAGAGGAGGAGGUGGUGGAGGAGAGUUGGCCGUGUCGGCGGCGGCAGUAGCAAGGGUUGGGGGGCUGGCGGGGGAGGUAGAAGCCGAGGAAGAAGAGGAGGAGGAGGAAAAGGAGGAGGAAGUAGUGGUGGUAGAACGAAAGAAAGCUCGCUUGGAAGAAGCGCGUAGUGCGAUCGGCAAGAUGGAGGAAAGUCAGCUGUUGAUGACGGAACUUCCGGCAUUAACGCCAAGCCGAGGUACGACGCUGUUGCAUCGUCCUGGUCACUAUUAUCAUUUGCAUCAGCCACACUUAGCGAUACCGAACGCUCAGAGCCAAGCGAGCCAAGCCAUACUUCAUAACUCGUCCAACAUGCCGCAUUACAAUAGCGAAGCGACCAGUUUGCCAGCAUACGUUCAAGGUAUCUCCUCGAGACAGCUGCCGCACGUACCGCGUAAUGUGGCCUCGGCUAGCACGCAUAUAUCCUCCCUCUAUCCAGAGAUAUUAGCGCUGAUCUUUAGUUACUUGGAUGUUAGGGACAAGGGUAGGGCGGCACAGGUGUGCACCGCAUGGAGAGACGCUGCUUAUUACCGAUCGGUUUGGCGAGGGGUCGAAGCCAGGUUACACCUGAGGAAACAGGCACCGGCGUUGUUCUCCAGUUUGGUAAGAAGAGGAGUUAAAAAGGUUCAAGUGUUGUCCUUGAGAAGAGGUUUGAGCGACGUACUAAAAGGCGUACCAAAUCUUGAAGCUCUAAAUCUCUCCGGUUGUUACAACAUCACCGAUUCCGGAUUGUCGAAUGCUUUCUGCCAAGAGUAUCCGGCGUUGACCGAGCUCAAUCUGUCCCUUUGCAAGCAAGUGAGCGACGCGUCCCUCGGCAGGAUAGCGCAGUACCUUAAGAAUCUCGAGCACUUGGAACUGGGCGGUUGUUGCAACAUCAGCAAUACUGGUCUCCUCUUGAUCGCGUGGGGUCUUAAGAGACUGAGAAGGCUCGAUUUGCGAAGCUGUUGGCACGUAUCCGACCAAGGAAUCGCCCAUUUAGCUGGACUCAAUCGGGAAACCGCGGACGGUAAUUUAGCGUUGGAACAUCUAAGUCUCCAGGAUUGUCAGAGGCUCAGCGAUGAGGCGCUCAGGCACGUAUCCGUCGGCUUGACUACGCUCAAGUCGAUCAAUCUAUCCUUCUGCGUGUGCAUUACCGAUUCCGGUGUUAAGCAUCUAGCGAGAAUGUCCAGUUUGCGAGAACUCAACUUAAGAUCCUGCGACAACAUAUCGGACAUCGGUAUGGCUUAUUUAGCGGAAGGUGGGAGUAGGAUAUCAUCCUUGGAUGUGUCCUUUUGCGAUAAAAUAGGUGACCAAGCCCUGGUACACAUUUCCCAGGGCUUGUUCAAUUUAAAAUCCUUAUCGUUAUCCGCUUGUCAGAUAAGCGACGAGGGUAUAUGUAAGAUCGCUAAGACUCUCCACGACCUAGAGACUCUGAAUAUCGGUCAGUGUAGUAGGUUGACGGACAAGGGACUUCAUACCAUCGCCGAGAGCAUGAAGCACCUUAAGUGCAUCGAUCUCUACGGAUGCACGAGGAUAACGACCAAUGGCCUGGAGAGGAUUAUGAAACUACCGCAGCUGAGUACCUUGAAUCUUGGUCUCUGGCACGUGCGGUGAUGGCUUUCUAUUAACACAUUGCCGCCCAGUAAAUUACCAAUACAACAACAUUUGUUCCCGGCCGAACCUUGCCGCCAACAACAACAACAACAACACGACGACGUGGUGUAGUAUUUAUCCUUAUAUACACACACAUACACACACACGAAUAUAAAAUAAGCGCAUACUACCAGCGUAUUUACGACCUUUUAUCAAUCGUUUUAUUCUCGAUGAUUGAAACUACCCGCGUGUUGUUGUCGUCUUGCUUUUCUCUUAUAGUUGUCCUUCCCUUGUACUUCUCCUCUUCCUAUUCUAUCUUUUUAUCUAUCUUUCUCUACCGGACGGCAAUGUGUUAAGAACGUUCGAGAUCCAUGGAACUCUGGUGCUUGGCCUGGAUCUUACUAAUAUAAAUCUCACGACAGUCAGUAAAGUCUUUGAAAGAAACGAUCUAAAGUCAUCCCUGAUUUGCCGGACCUCGAACGUCUUCGAGCCCAAUCGUCUUUGCCGCCAUCGUCGUCGUCAUCGUCACCGUCACCGCAAUCGCCACAUUUUUAAUAACUUCAUCAUAUUUUAAAAAACAAAUUGGGUAUUCUAAUACCCAACGACUAAAAGACAACGAAAUGAAUGAACACGAUGAGAAAAACGAAGUCUUCUCUCGAAAUUGUUCUGAUUUUUCGCAACUCUGUAAUGUUUUCCAACUUUCUUCCAUUUUUUAUUAUUAUUUUCUUUCUUUCUUUUUUUACGAAUUGCGUUGUUUGUUGCCAAUCCUGCUUGGCAAACUUUUCGACAUUUUCUUGAAGGAAAAAGAAAACCUAUUUAUCGAUCGACAUCGUUGUACGUCACACGAAUACACCUACGUAAAUCUGCUUUGUGUCUGUGUGUGUAUGCGUGCGUGGGCUUAUGCGUGUGCGUGUAAGCGAAAGUAACUAAAUUUUAAUUUCUUUCUCUUUUAUUAUAUAUCAUUUUUUUUCUUUUUUUUUGUUUCUUCCCUUUUUUUCAUACCAUUGAUUCGGCAAUAAUUUUCAUUCGUCGAUACCGCCAAUAAAUUCGACCUCUCGGUCUUUUUCGGGCCGAUUGGUGGAGGUUUGUUGCAUGGUGUAGAAAAAAAAAAGAGAGAAAGAGAGAGAGAGAGAGAGAGAGAGAGAGAGAGAGAGAGAAAAUCCGAGCACGUUAGGUUCUACGCUCUUUUUACAUACACACAACACACACACACAUAAAAAACAUCCGUACACGUGCAUGUAUGUAUAUGUAUAUCUAUAUU